GUCGUCCUCUGCUUCCGCCUCCGCCAUCCCUAGUUCUUCUUCAACCUCCAGCUCGCAACUUCGCACCGCCGCGACGGGCGGCGCUUCCAAGAAAACCCCAAAACUUCGCCGGCGGCUUCUCUUCCAAAAGGUGCGGCACUGACCUCAGGGCCGCUCCGAAAUCCCUAGCUUUCAGUUCCUGGGUCUGCAAAUUGAACGCCGCGUUCUGCAUUCUGGGUAUCGAAGGCGUUCGUCGCGCUCGUGAAAAGCUCGGGGGGUUCGCGAUCAUGGGCAAGCCCGGCUCUCGGUCGGAUUUAGCGUCGAAAGCCGACCGCAAGUUCGAGAAGAAGGUCCAGUUUUACGCCAAGGUUAGAGAUAACGCCGUGUCCUUGAGUGCUAAAAGUGCUAUUGGCAAGAAGAAGAAAUUGAGAAGUCGGCAGAAAAAGUUGAAAGCUUAUGACCUCUCUGCUCUCUCCGAGUUCCUUCCUGAGGCAGAGACCAAGCAAUUACGUCCACCCACUGAGUUCAAGUUGAGUUGCAGAUCUAGGGGGAAGUUAAUAUUGAAGGAAGGGAAGCAGUUGAGUACAGUCCUUAGCCAUCCGGCUUUCCAUUCAAAUCCGCUGGCUGCCAUUCAACAGCACUUAGAGAGCACACAACCUGUCAUGGAUGAGAAACCCAAGAAGAAGAGCAAAACUGGAGGAAAGAAGAGGAAAAGCAAGAAAGUAAAGGCCGCUUCUGCCAGUCAGUCAAUGGAGAUUUAAAUCCACGUCUCAUUGCCAGAGAAGAUUUUUUUUUUUUUGCCUCCAAUGAUGAAAGUAAAAUGAUGAGCGCGUGGGAUGGUUGAAUUUUUCUAUUGUCCGUUUGCCCUUUUCCUUCUUUCAAAGAUGAUUACCGAAAUGAGCGGGCACGCAUGCUUCCACCGGCAUGCCAGUCUUUGUUGUAUGGAAGCGCUGUACAGAAAUUGACCAUAGUCUUGACUUUGUGGUAUGAUUUCUUGUUCUGAAUGUUUUAAAGUGCCUGUCCCAUUCUAA